CUUGGAAACUUCUCCCGAUCAUUCACCCCACCCAGUCGAUCAUGUCGAGCUCCCUUUGAGCUGACUUCGACUGGUUAUAUCGACGGAUAAUCGCCUCUUUUUGAAUUCCAUCGUAUUCACUUUGCCGAUUCUCACCUCCCGAUUCGCGACGCCAACCGUCCAGCAGCAUCAUGGGAGACAUCACUGUGAAUCUCGGCUCGGCGGCGCUCAAUGGCUCAUCACCCAAGAAGGUCGCCUACUUCUACGACUCCGACAUCGGUAACUAUGCAUAUGUCACCGGCCAUCCCAUGAAGCCUCACCGUAUUCGCUUGGCGCAUAGUUUAAUUAUGCAGUACAACCUCUACCAGAAGAUGGAAAUCUACCGUGCGAAGCCCGCGACUAGAGGGGAAAUGACACAAUUUCACACGGACGACUACAUCGACUUUCUCCAAAAGGUCACUCCCGACAACAUGGACAGCUUCAUGCGCGAGCAGGGCAAGUACAACGUCGGCGACGAUUGCCCUGUUUUCGAUGGCCUCUUCGAGUUUUGCGGCAUCAGCGCCGGUGGCAGCAUGGAAGGUGCCGCGCGCCUGAAUCGUCAGAAGUGCGACAUUGCCAUCAACUGGGCUGGAGGUCUUCACCACGCCAAGAAGUGUGAAGCAAGUGGCUUCUGCUACGUCAACGAUAUCGUUCUGGGAAUCCUUGAACUUCUCCGGUUCAAGAAGCGAGUUCUCUACAUCGAUAUUGACGUUCAUCACGGCGACGGUGUCGAAGAAGCCUUUUACACGACCGAUCGUGUCAUGACCGUGUCUUUCCACAAGUACGGCGAAUAUUUCCCUGGAACCGGUGAGCUUCGAGAUACUGGCAUUGGCCAGGGAAAGAAUUAUGCCGUCAACUUCCCGCUCCGCGACGGAAUCACCGACCAAACGUAUAAGUCAAUCUUCGAGCCGGUCAUCGAAAACGUCAUGAGGUUUUACCAACCCGAGGCGGUUGUCUUGCAAUGUGGUGGAGAUAGUCUGUCGGGCGAUCGAUUGGGCUGCUUCAACCUCAGCAUGGACGGCCACGCCAACUGCGUCAACUACGUCAAGAGCUUCAACCUUCCUACGCUUGUUCUGGGCGGCGGUGGCUACACCAUGCGGAAUGUUGCGCGCACCUGGGCAUUUGAGACUGGUGUUCUUGUUGGACAGGAGAUGAACCGCACUCUCCCGUACAACGAAUAUUACGAGUACUAUGCCCCUGACUUUGAAUUGAACGUUCGUUCUUCAAACAUGGAAAACUCCAAUAGCCGAGAGUACCUCGAGAAGAUCACUGCUGCCGUCAUUGACAACCUUCGACAAACCGGACCGGUACCCUCAGUCCAGAUGCAAGAUGUUCCUCGAAAGCCAUUUGGAGGAAUGACCGACGAGGAAGAGGCCGAGCUCGAUGACCUCGACGAAGACGAGAACAAGGAUGUCCGCAUGACCGAGCACAGAUGGGACAAGCGGGUUGAGAACGAUGCCGAAUUUGAGGCCAGUGAUGAUGAUGAGAUGGCUCGCAACAAUGGCGCAACACGAAUCAGCGAUAACAAGCGACCAUUCACGGAUUUCGGAAAGGGAGACAUGGAGAUCGACAGCGGCGACGUCUCUCCUGCCCCCGGUACGAACGGCACCGCCGUUGAGGAGCCAGUAGUCGAGGAGACACAUGAUAUCAACGAUGACACCAUCGAGGACAUUUCGGCACAGGAGCAGCAUGAGAAGGAGCAGUCUGAGAAGGAGUCUGAAAAGCCGGAGGAGACCCCCAAGGAACCCGAAAAGAGCAACAUAGACGGCGAUGGUGAUGUUGGAAUGGAGGACUCUGCCCCAGCAGAAGACACCACGACAAUCAAGAAGGAGGAAGUCGAGCCCGAGGCAGCCCCCGAGGCCGCGCCGACUGAGAAGCCAGUGGACAACGAGUCUGCCACCAAGGAUCCCACACCCGAAGUGGCUGCCAAGGACCCAACGCCGGAGUCCAAGCCUGCCGAGGACACUUCGGAGAAGCCUACUGAGAACUUCGAAGAGAAGCCCAAGGACGAGCAACCUGCGGAUGCAAUGGAUGUCGAUACCGAAAAGGACAAGCCUGAGGAGACAAACGAGAAGAGCAAAAGCCCGGAGCACUAGGAUAGCUACCAUGGCUUCUGAGUGUACGACUCGGUUCGACAUGCUGCUGGUUCUCAACGCAAGUUGUCCCGCACUUGUCCUCUUAUGUUCACUUUUUAGGACCCCGAGAGCUUCAGCUUCCAGGCAUUCUGAAUUCGAGCAUUUUGUAUCUAUAGCGUGGUAAGAUGUGGCCUGAGGCGUUCCAGGCGUAGGAUUACGGGCGGCAGGGAGGGGAAUGAACAAGGCAGAGAGGGGUGUGAACAUCGGCUUCAUUCGCUCGAGGGGUCCUUUACGUCCUGCCUGAGGAUUUUUUGUUUUGAGAUUUCGAUCAUAGCGUAUGGAAUAUAAUUGCGUUCACUUUUAGGCCCAGUUUCUCUUUUGACUACCUGAGGAGAGGCCAAGUUUAAACCAGUUACUG